AUGUAUCAUCGUCUUCGUUAUUAUCUUGUACUAAAUAAAACUUUGCCCUCUCGUUUGUCUUAUUUCUCUUCUGCCACUAAUUUUAAUGACAAAGUUUCUAACAAGUUGAAUUCCGCUUCCAUUACUGAACAUACAGACCAAGAGAUAGACAAGGUCUUGGAAACAUAUGUGAAUAAAGAAAAGCUUUCAAUAUUCAAAUCAAUUCGCAAAUUUGAAAAAGAAAAGAACGAAAAAUUGUUAGAAUUGUUAAAAGAUAAUAAUGAAAAAUUGUUAAAAUCCGAAAAAGAAUUGUUAAAAUCCGAAAAAGAAUUGUUAAAAUCUGAAAAAGAAAAAACUGAAAUUUCAGUAAAAUAUGAAAUUGAAAAAAGAGAGAAAGUAAUAGCACAAAAAAAUGAGAUUUUAAAAGAAAUUUCAAUGAAGUUUGGUAAUGUAAAUAUGAGUUACCUUAAAUUGAAAGGGAUUGUUCACAUUCGAGGUGUUUUGGAACACUGGGAGACAGAGAACUUGCGUGGAAUUGAAGGAAACAGAGGAGCUAGAUGGGAAAAAUAUUUCAAAAAUAACAAUAAAGAUUUUGAAACUUUUCGGAACUUUUGGCCGAGACCAGAUGAAAUUAAUAUUCAUCAUAUGGUAACAGAAAUAGUAAAUUUUUAUAAACAACUUUCUGAUAAAAUCCAUAAUGCCCAUAUUGGAGAACUAGUAGAAUGGAAUUGUAAAAGGUUUACAUCCAUACAAAAUAAGAUUGCUGAACACAUGUGUAAAGAAUUACGUGUGAAUUAUAGAAUUUCCGACGAAGAAAUUGAGACAGCUAUUCAUAAUGACAAAAAAGACGAAAUUGAAAUAACCAAUGAUAAG